AUGGAUUACAGAAUCCCUGGGGCAGUUAGCAAUGGAGAGACGAUACCUGCUCAUCCAGGCAUGGAAAAGCAGAAGGAAGAAGAGAAGAAUCAAACACUGGAACGAGGCCAUUGGAACAACAAGCUGGAAUAUGUGCUAUCCGUGGCUGGGGAGAUUAUUGGCCUUGGUAACGUCUGGAGGUUCCCUUACCUCUGUUACAAGAAUGGUGGAGGUGCUUUCUUUAUCCCCUACCUCAUCUUCCUCUUCACCUGUGGGAUCCCAGUGUUCUUUCUGGAGACAGCGCUAGGGCAGUACACCAGCCAGGGAGGGAUCACUGCCUGGCGGAAGCUCUGCCCUCUCUUUGAAGGAAUUGGUUAUGCUUCCCAGGUGAUCGUCGUACUCCUGAAUUUCUAUUACAUUAUCGUCCUGGCCUGGGCCUUGUUUUACCUCUUCAGUUCGUUCACCAUAGACCUUCCCUGGGGCAGCUGUGACCACGAAUGGAACACGGAGAACUGCGUGGAAUUCCAGAAGGCAAAUGCCUCUCUAAAUGUGACGAACGAAAACGCCACCUCCCCUGUCAUCGAGUUCUGGGAGAGGAGAGUGUUGAAGAUUUCCGCUGGCAUACAGCACUUGGGAAGCCUGCGCUGGGAGCUGGCUCUUUGCCUCCUGCUCGCCUGGGUCAUCUGCUACUUCUGCAUCUGGAAAGGAGUCAAAUCCACAGGCAAGGUGGUGUAUUUCACUGCCACGUUCCCGUACCUCAUGCUGGUAGUUCUGCUGAUCAGGGGAAUCUCUCUGCCGGGGGCGAUGCAGGGCGUCCUGUUCUACCUUUACCCAGACCUUACUCGUCUCAUGGACCCUCAGGUGUGGAUGGACGCAGGCACGCAGAUCUUCUUCUCUUACGCCAUUUGCCUGGGGUGCCUGACAGCCUUGGGUAGCUACAACAAGUACCACAACAACUGUUACAGGGACUGCAUUGCGCUGUGUUUUUUGAACAGUGGUACAAGUUUUGUGGCUGGCUUUGCAAUCUUUUCCAUCUUGGGCUUUAUGGCUCAGGAACAAGGCGUGCCUAUAUCUGAGGUAGCUGAGUCAGGGCCUGGCCUGGCAUUUAUCGCAUACCCUCGAGCUGUCGUCAUGCUGCCUUUCUCCCCAUUCUGGGCCUGCUGCUUCUUCCUGAUGGUUGUUCUGCUGGGACUGGACAGCCAGUUCGUCUGUGUGGAGAGCCUGGUGACAGCUGUUAUCGACAUGUACCCCACCAUCUUCCGGAAGCAAAACCGCCGUGAGAUCCUCAUCUUGCUUGUCUCCAUCCUCUCCUACCUUGUAGGACUGGUCAUGCUCACAGAGGGUGGGAUGUACAUCUUCCAGCUCUUCGAUUACUACGCUGCCAGCGGCAUGUGCCUGCUCUUCGUUGCCAUCUUUGAGACGCUUUGUAUCGGCUGGGUGUAUGGUGCUGAUCGUUUCUAUGAUAACAUUGAAGACAUGAUUGGUUACAGGCCAUGGCCUAUUAUCAAAUACUGCUGGCUCUUCAUCACGCCAGCUGUCUGCAUGGCGACCUUCCUGUUUUCUCUGAUUAAAUAUAUCCCUCUGACCUACAACAAGAAGUACGUGUACCCCUGGUGGGGAGACACCCUGGGCUGGCUGCUGGCCCUCUCAUCUAUGGUCUGCAUCCCUCUCUGGAUUGUCUACAAACUCUCCAUGAUUAAGGGCUCCCUGAGAGAGAGAUUCCGCCAGUUGGUCUGCCCAGAUGAGGACUUACCUUUCAGUCUGGGUGUGAGGCAGCCCCUUCCUUCCACCAGACCUGGCCUCCUGAUGCUGACAGAGCUAGAGUCCCAUUGUUAG